UUCCUAUCUGGACGCUCAGGCCCUACAGAGGCUGAGCAGAGGAACCCAAGUGGAAGGAAGCCGUGCCCAGGCCGUCCACAGCAAAGUCCAGGCUCUUCCUAAGAAGGUUGUCAGAAAUACAUCCUUAUAGACAGUGUCUGUCACACAGGUACAAAUCUCCCUGCCCAGACCCUGUGCAACCUUGCUGCUCCCACCCUUCCAUGGGAGUAGUUGGUAUGCCUCUCCCCCAGUCUUUAUUUUUAGCUGGAACCUUCCCUGAAUGCAGUAUCCCCCUGCCCAAUCUGCUCCUCCUGUUACCUUCCUUAGUCAUCUAAGCCAGACACCGGAGUGGCCCUCUCCUCACCUCCCACAUUCAAUCUCUCACAAGGACCUAGUGAUUCCCCAAAUACCUCUCAAAUCCCUUUCCUCCUAUGGAUGCCCUCUGUCACUGCCCAUUAAGCCACCCCAUCCCUCCCCUGACCAUAGUGAAGACCUGCCUCCAGUAUGACCCCUUCCCUGCCCCCCCCCCCCAUUUUCCAUAUGGCAGCCAGAGACAUCUUUGGAAAAAUGCCAAUCUGACCACUCCAUCCCACCACUUUAAACUCUUCACGGCUCUUUAUAAAGCACACUUGCCUUUUGAAAAGCUUGCUGUGAUCUGGCCCCUGCCCACCUGUCUGGCCUCAUCUCUCAGCACUGCCCCACCCCCCAGUUCUGGCUCCACUUGCCGACCUCCUACCAUCUUUAUACAUGACCCGGCCUCUGCCUGCAAUUCCUGUGUCCUCUCUCUGCCCAGUGAACUCCCACUCAGCCUACAAGGCCCAGCUCAAAUGUCUCUUCCUCUGGGAAGCCUUCCCCACCCCCAGGCUGAGCUGAUGGCACCCUCCCCUGGGUCCUCCCAGAGCAUUUCCCAUGAUGCGUCUCAAAGGCUUAUUUACGGGCCUGACUUGGGCCUGACUUGGGCCUGGCUGAUGCAUCCAUGAGCACGGAAUCCUGCCUUAGUUAUUUACAGUCCAUAGAGGCUCAGAGAAUGUGAGAAGGUGGAGGGAGAGAAGAAGGAGGCAGAAAGAAGAAGAGAAGACAGGAAAGAAAGAAUAAGUCAAACAAAGAUACUGAAGGACAAUUCAUCCAUCCACCCAUCCACCUACCUAUCCAUCCAUCCAUCCAUGCAUCCAUGCAUCCAUCCAUCCAACAAAUAUCUAUGGUCAUCCUAUCAGGCUCCAUUCUAGGCACUAAGGAUACAAUCAGCAAGCUCAAGUGACCGGUGACUGACUCUCAGCAUUUCCAGGUGACUUUGGUGUGUGCAUAUGAACGUCUGUGUGUUCGUGUGUGCAAAGCCUUCUGUCGGCAAGGGCCUGCUGCUGGGGCACCUGUCUUCCCUGGGGCCUGGUGCAUUUAGCAUCUGUCCCUGGAUCCUGUUGCAGCCCGAAAUAAGGCUGUGAGCCACAACAAGGCAGGAACAAUUCUCGUCAGCUGAAGCCAGAGCUGGCUGCAGGGCACACUCAGCUCUCUGACUGCCCGACGGCUGCACGGACGCUGACCACCCAACUCUCAGCUCCCCGACAGAGGUGUUAAUCUUGAGGGUCUGAUAUUCUUUCUGCCCACGGUGGUCCCAGCGCUCAGGAUGAUCCCCAAGGAGCAGAAGGAGCCAGUGAUGGCUGCCAUGGGGGACCAAGCUGGACCAGCCCCUUUGCUGGACCUGGGCAAGAAGCUGAGCAUGCCCCAGGACUUAAUGAUGGAGGAGCUAUCGCUACCCAACAACCGAGGAUCCCUCCUCUUCCAGAAGAGACAGCGCCGUGUGCAGAAAUUCACCUUUGAGCUUGCUGCUAGCCAGCGGGAGGUUGCCAACAGCCUGGAGUUGCAGAACUGCCACUCAGAGCUCCACAUCUUCCCAGCCGGGGACCCUGAGGAUGCCCAGCCUGAAGCUUCCCGGGUGAAGCGUGCCCCUAGCCCCAGCGCCCUGGCACCAGGCUAUGCCGAGCCACUCAAGAGCAUCCCGCCAGAGAAGUUCAACCACACGGUCAUCCCCAAGGGCUACCACUGCCCGUGGCAGGAGUUUGUCAGCUACCGGGACUACCAGAGCAAUGGCCGAAGUCACACCCCCAGCCCUGCACAGUAUCGGAAUUUCAACAAGACCCCCGUGCCGUUUGGAGGACCCCUGGUGGGGGAGACCACAUCCAGAACAAGCACCCCCUUCCUCCCAGAGCUCACCAGUGGCUUGGAACUCCUCCGCCUCAGACCCAACUUCAACAGAGUGGCCCAGGGCUGGGUCCGCAACCUCCCAGAGUCUGAGGACCUGUAGCUCCAGCCUUCAGUCCCCGGUCUCAGAGUCUGGGGAAUACCAGGAGCCAAGAUUUGUGGACUGCACUUCACAGUUUACAAAGGGCCUUCACACACAAAACCUAUUGCAAAUGGCCUCAAAGGUCACAAAGUUCGGUAGUUCACAGUUAAUGGGGUUUAGAAAGUUUUUCCUUUUACUGAGAUGCAGUUGUCUUUAUUCAUGCUCUAACAUUUACUAAGCACCUACUAUGUGCUAGACAUUGUGACAGCUCCAUGCAGAGGAGUCUGGUCCCUGACCUAGAGUAGGAAAGGAUAGUAGGGAAGACAGAAUUGUAAAGCAGUAAAUUAUCUUAAUUUUUCCUAAAGCACCUGAAAAACAAAAUGUAGUGAGGCAGGGGAGGGCAUCUAGAACUCUGGGUGUAUGUGUAGGGGGAGGGAGGUCAAUUACAGGAGAUUUGAACAGGGCUUCAGAGGAAGAGGAAGAGUCGAUGAAGGGCAGAGGGUGUGACUCCAGGGGAGGCGCUCUUGGCCAGCGGACCAGGGUAAGCUGGAAAGGUGGAGACUUGCCACAGGGCAGGGAGUUCCGGAGCUGGGAGAGGGCUAUGUUUAAGCAGUCGGUGACUCCUUGGAACAGUGGUCGCCAACUGGUGGUCUGCGAGGUCCAAAAGGUUGGUGACUGCUGGUUUAAGGAAACCUUUGGAACAGUGUCGCCAACCGAUGGUCCGUGGACCACUGGUGGUCCGUGAGGUCCGAAAGGUUGGUGACCGCUGCCUUAGAAGGCCAGGUUGGGGUAAGCUGCAGUAAGAAAAUGGGGAAGGUUCUUAUGCUGGGGAGUCAGGGGUCUCAGUGGGCACAGAUUGGAAUCAGGAAGCCUUCCAGGAGCAAGGCCUGAACUAGGGAGGUGGCCACGGGGAUGGGAAGAAGGGACACCUCCCUGGGCACCUUGCAGGACAGGUGCAAAGUGGAGUACCUGUAAAGACUCCUUCCCACUUCCUUCUGCUCACCACUCUGAGCAGGCUUUGGGUAGGUCUUGCCUAGUUUCCUAUAGGAGUCAUUCAGGGCUCUACUCUGGCUCACUAGGAAAAGGAGAGAAAGGAAUGCCUUAGUUCAAGUGGUAAUGAGAAUGUGGUGAUUACGAUGGCAGAUUUUUAUUGGAUGCCUCAGUGCUUCAGCUGCUGGGAGAUUCUCUAUACAUCUAAUUUCUACAAUUCAGUAGUACAACCCAACCCUACCCUAAAAAAAAAGUAUUGUCCCAUUUUACAGAUGUGAAUAUCCAGGCUCAAAAGGAGAAAAGGGCUUGUCCAGGGACAGAGCCAAAAUUGAUACUGUCCUAUUCCAGUGGAUGUCUUUUUGUACUGGGUGGCCAACCCAUUGCCUGCUCACUCUGGAAUCACCUCUUAAUAGUGCCCUGCCUUAGAGUUUAGAGGUUAAGAGUGCAGGCUGGGAAGUCAGACUGAAUGGGAUGGUUGUAAUUGCCACUUCCAGCCAUUUCUCCCCUGUGGGCCUGUUUCUCACCUGUAAGAUGAGGACAAGAAUAGUAGCCCCUGUAAGGGAUUGUUGCGAGCACAAUGGUGGACACAUACAUAAUGAGCGCUAGAUCAUUAGCCUUCAUGCAACUACUGCUCUGAACUGAAGAGAUGAUCUUGCAGUAGAUAAAGCUUGAGAAGCAGGCCUAGGAUGAGACUGGAGAUCAGUAGAGCUGAAGCCUGAAGAGAAGGAAGCCUCUGAUCACUGCAGGGCUCCCUUGACCCAUGAAUCACCUCUUCCCCUUGCUUCCACCCGCCUCUUCCCCGACCCCAUUUCUCUUGAGAUGAGAAGGCCAGGAAUCCAUCUGGUUCCCAGGGCAUGUGGGAUAGCAGUUACCUUUUCCUUCUGCUCUGGACUUUCCCUGUGUCCCACACAGUCUCAAGGGGCAGCAGCCUGACUCUUAGAAUUGUUUGCAAUCAAUGUGUCUUGAAUUUGGGCACUGCUGUUUAAAGCCAUGUUUCCGUGUGCUGAAAACCAACCAUUAAAGUGUCCUAAACAAAGAAGAGCAUUUCGACCACCUUAGGUUGGCUCUGCCGUGCUCUGGAGGGGAAUGGCAGCCACCACAGCACAGCUGACAAGAGCCUGAUGGGGAGCCUGCUACACCCAAAGCAAAUCCUCAUUCCUUCCUUCUUUCGUUAAUAUGACUUUCACUGAUGUUGUUUAAAAAAAAAGAAAGAAUUCUUACUGUAAAGAUUUAUAUACAAACAAAUAAAGGAAAAAGUAAAAUGUGAAGGUAUCUGCCCACAUAGCUCCUCCCCUUCAACACAGACCUUCCCGCAUUCGUGCACUCUGCCCCAUUCCCACAUACCAUAGGUAACCACUGGUAGCAGCUUGGUGCUUCUAGAAUUCUAGGAUUAUUUGAAGAGAUAAAUAUGUACAGUGUAUAGCUGCGUAAGUGCAAAGACAUGUUUUUGUUUUCAUGGGAUCAUACUGUAUUAUAUUGUAUUUUGCUUCUUUAUUCAACAAUAAGUAAAAUGUGGAUCCUGAAAAAGCCAUGUCAUUAACCUUUCAUGUAAUUUAAGGGCCCCAAACCCUUCAUAUAAAACUCUAUGCUUUUGCCUGUUUUGUUCUUUAUGUAAAUGAAAUCAUAGUGAGAUGGAAAUGAAAAGGACCGAGAACAGCCAAAGCAUUGGGAACCUGACAUUAGACAUAGUAGCCCUGAACAUGAAUGAACUACAGUUCCAUGCA